AUGUCUAAUGCUGGCAGAUGGGUCAAGGCGCUGUUCUGGGGUACUGUUAUCGCGGUCGGAGGGCAUCAACUUCAGUAUUACAUUAUGCCUUCGGAGGAUGAACUCGUAAAGAGAUUAUCACCAGCACUGAAGAAGGAGUUCCUUGAACAGCGGCAACGGCGUGCCGCCGAGGAUAUUGAUAAUGGAGCGCAACUCAUGGCACACAUCAGGGCCAACGCCCAGAAGACUGAGCCAGCAUGGAAGACGGAUUGGGGUAAGAAGCCUGAUGCAGCAGCGCAGCUUGACAGGGAGACUGCCGCAGUGGGUCAAGUACCAGCCGGUCUGGACGUCAAGCCGAAGCCUUAG